AUGACUCACCCUGAUCUCCUGUCUACCUCUUCUCUGCUCAAGCUGAUCAAUCCCUCUGGUGUUUAUUUGUUAGGAUAUGCCUGGCUAUGCGGAAUGUCGAUAUGGGUCUCAUUCUUGGGAGGAGUAAUUGCAUUGAAAACGCUGCCGAGACACCAGUUCGGGACGCUUCAGCACCGCACGUUCCCCGUGUACUUCGUGAUUAGCAUCCUACUCGCAUCCGCGCUGUUGGGCCUUUGGGCAUACGGCCAUCCCGCUGUGCUUAUCCACUGGGAUGAUCCCAAGGUGGCGGAUGUCGCUCAGGCGUACACGCUCGCGGCUGUCGUACUCCUCCAGGCGGGUAACUACUUCGUCGUUGGGCCGAUGACUAGCCGCGUGAUGUUCAAGCGUCAUAAGCUGGAGAAGGAGGAGAGCAAGGGUUACGACGAAUCUGGGGUAUCUGAUAGCAUGAAGACCGUGAACAAGCAGUUCUCUGCCCUUCACGGCGCGAGCUCCCUGCUCAAUCUCUGUGCCGUCAUUUCAUUGUUGUUCCAUGGUUUAUGGAUAGGAAACGCCGGCGUGGGGAUAGCGGCGUUCAACCUCUAA